AUGUCGCUAUACUACGAUGCCUCGACAAUUUUGACCUCAUCACCCAACAAUCAAGGUGGCUCUUUCAAAUCGCGCAUCUACAACUCCAAGUCUCUCAAAGCUUCCCCUGCGCAAAUCUACGCCCUCGUGACAGAAGCCUCGAAAUGGGAUAUUCUGCUCAAAGAAGUGAUUGAAAAUGCCGGAAUACUUUCCUCGGAACCAAAGUUAACGCCAUUACUAUGUCUACUUUUAACCCACGAUUUCCUAUUCAGCAAAAAUGGAAUUGCUACACCCGCAUCUCACCCGCUUCGGCAAGCCAUUGAUAGACACAAGGUCCGACUGAAAGCAGAACUUACGAAAGCGCGAGUGCGCCGAAACUGUGCGUCGAUUCCGGAUCUACAAUCUGCGAUACUAGCGGAGAAGAGAGCGCUGCUUGGGCCGGAUGAACUCACAGAGAGCAUGUACCCACGGUGGGUGCGCAUCAAUAAUAUCAAGAGCACGCUCGAUGCGCAAAUGGAGACGGCGUUCAAAGAUCAUAAAAGAGUGGAUCGACUGAAACAGCUGAACAGCGCGAACCAAAUUUACGUUGAUGCUCAUAUACCUGAUCUCGUUGCUCUUGCACCGGGUACUGUAGACUUUUCAUCGUCGAAUACAUAUAAGAAUGGAGAGAUCAUUCUGCAGGACAAGGCAUCUUGUUUCCCUGCUUAUCUACUUCUAGGAGAUAAGGAGGAUGCAUGGGAGGGAGGGGAUUUGAUUGAUGGUUGUGCUGCGCCCGGAAAUAAAACUACUCAUUUAGCCUCCCUUCUUGCGGCGCGACAGAAAUAUCACGGCAAGAAACAAACCGGCAAGUCGAAGAUUAUAUCGAUGGAUGCAUCGGCUCCGCGGUCGAAGAUCCUUCAGAAAAUGGUCUCCGUCGCCGGAGCGGAUAAGCUUGUUACUGUACUUGCUGGACAGGACUUUUUGGCAUUAGAUCCAGAAGACGAAAGAUUUGAGUCUGUGAGUGGUUUACUACUUGAUCCGAGUUGUUCGGGCAGUGGUAUUAUUGGUCGUGACGACGUGCCCAAGCUGGUUCUUCCGGAGCAAGGCAAGACCUCUAAAUCGUCAAAUAGAGGGACCAAGCGCAAACGGCCUACAGAGGACGAAGUUGCGAAGCCCGACAACACUCAGAAAACGGAUGAAGUGGAUACAGAGCGCUUACUCAAGCUCUCAAAUCUUCAGACACAUAUCGUUGAGCACGCGCUCAAAUUCCCAGCUGCUACCAGAGUAACGUAUAGCACGUGUUCCAUCCACAUACUUGAGAACGAAUGCGUUGUCGAGAGGGUUCUCGCAUCAGAUAUUGCCAGAAGAAGAGGUUGGAGGAUUAUGCGACGCGAUGAGCAGCCGCAAGGUUUACAGAAAUGGCGACAUCGAGGAAUAAAAAAGCAUACCAACGGCAAGGUUACCAGUGAUAUAGCUGUUAAGCUGAGCGAUGAGCAGAUAGAUGCAUGUCUACGGUGUUGGCCGGGUGAUGAUGAGUGUACGGGUGGGUUUUUUGUGGCUGGAUUCAUCAGAGACGAUGCUUUGGCUGAGGAAUUGCCCGCUGCGGGAGAGGAGAAUGGCGAAAGCCAGUAUAAGAGUGAGGAGGAAGGCGACUCGGAAUGGGAGGGAUUCUCGGACUAA